AUGCGACAAGAAGAGGAAAAUUCCGAGGAAGAAUUCGUAGAGAUUGAUCCCACUGGUCGAUAUGGCAGAUAUAAUGAAGUUCUAGGCAAAGGAGCUUUCAAACAAGUAUACAGAGCAUUUGAUCAACUCGAAGGAAUCGAAGUGGCUUGGAACCAAGUUAAGCUAGACGAUAAACUCUGUAGCUCAGAGGAUUUAGAGCGUCUUUACUCUGAAGUUCACUUACUCAAAACCCUUAAACACAAAAGCAUCAUCAAAUUCUACACUUCUUGGAUCGAUCACCAACACAUGACCAUCAAUCUCAUAACCGAAGUCUUCACUUCCGGAAAUCUUAGACAGUACCGGAAGAAGCAUAAGUGCGUUGAUCUAAGAGCAUUGAAGAAAUGGUCAAGACAGAUAUUAGAAGGGCUUGUGUAUCUUCAUAGUCAUGAUCCUCCUGUUAUCCAUAGAGAUCUCAAAUGUGAUAACAUUUUCAUUAAUGGGAACCAAGGUGAGGUCAAAAUCGGAGAUCUCGGUCUAGCCGCGAUUCUGCACCGAGCUCGCUCUGCUCAUAGUGUCAUUGGCACUCCUGAAUUUAUGGCACCGGAACUCUAUGAAGAAGACUAUAAUGUACUUGUGGAUAUAUAUGCAUUUGGAAUGUGUUUGCUUGAGCUUGUAACUUUCGAGUACCCGUAUGUCGAAUGUACAAAUGCUGCUCAGAUUUAUAAGAAAGUUACAUCGGGUAUCAAACCGGCCUCACUUGCGAAAGUGGCUGAUCUGCAAGUGAGAACAUUCAUAGAGAAGUGUAUCGCAAAGGUCUCAGAACGCUUGUCUGCCAAGGAACUACUUGAUGAUCCUUUUCUGAUAUGCCACAAGGAAAAGACCGAAAUCACCUCUCAAAAAGAAAAUGGACGCAAUGGAAGAGAAAUCGAAGAUAAACUCUCGGAUUCUGCGUUAGGUUUAUUAACCGUAGAAGGCCAACGUAAAGACCUCAACACAAUCUUCCUAAAACUACGUAUCACCGACUCCAAAGGUCAAAUACGUAAUAUUCACUUCCCAUUUAACAUAGAGACAGACACAUCUUUCUCAGUGGCCAUUGAAAUGGUCGAGGAAUUAGACCUAACCGAUGAUCAAGACAUCUCAGCGAUCGCUAAAAUGAUCGACGCAGAGAUACAUUCACACAUUCCAGAUUGGAUUCCUUCUAGUUCUCAUCUCAUUGGAGAUGAUUAUUCAGCAAUACACAAAUGUUUUUCUUCUCCUGAAACGCUGCGUUUAGAUAGAUUUCCCUCGGGGAGAAAAUUCUGGUCCUCUCCUAAAGCUGAAGCUGCAGAUUCACGUUCACCAUUCACACAACGUUCUUCUAAGCUUUCUUCAUCACAAGGACCGAUCAGUGAUCACGACGUUGAGGUUAUAGUUGAGAAACUUGAGUCUUUGUUGAAGAAACAGAGAGAGGAGAUUGAAGAGAUGCAGAGAGAUCAAGAACGUAUUGUUUCUGAGUUUUUGAAGGAGUUUCCUCCUGAGAUCUGUGAAGAGGCUUUAGUGAGAUUGCAAGUUAAAGAUUCCCACUACUUAAUGUGUUGA